AUGGCUUCCUCGUCGGAACCCCACCACUACGACCACCACCAUGUCAACCACAUCUCGCGCAUCAUUCAAUCCACUGCUUCCAAUCUUUCCUCUCUCCUCACCCCCAAAACGACGCCGUCAGCAACACCUCCGGUCAAUUCACCCUCAAAGAUUUGCGCUCCACUACUCUUCGCUGACUCUUCAGCAGCCGCAAUUGAGUCGAUUCAGUCUCUGUCGUUUUCUUCAAAGCCAUCUUCUUUUUCAUCGUCGUCGUCAGCAAUGAAAGGCAUGCCGUCAGAGUCCGGUUCGGCGUUUCCUUCUACAGUGAGGAUUUCUGGUCUGAAUUCGCCAGGGAAAUCCAGUGGGCCGGCCUUUGUGGGCCAGGUUUUCAGUAUGUGUGACCUUUCUGGGACUGGUCUCAUGGCUGUCUCCACUCACUUCGACAUUCCCUUCAUCUCCAAAAGAACACCAGACUGGCUUAAGAAGAUGUUUUCAGCAGUUAUUAAGAGUGAGAGGAAUGGCCCUGUUUUCCGCUUUUUCAUGGAUCUGGGUGAUGCAGGUAAUAUUUCAUGAUGCAUCUGUUUUUCUUUUACUUUCCCUCUUAUUCUUGCUUCCCAAGGAACCAGUUUUAUUCAUCCACCCAAGUAUUGCGGGUUCAUAACGGUAAAAGAACCCGCAACACUGGUUCUGUGACCAUUAUGAGGGCAAGGUUACCUAUCAUUUGCCUUCCCAAACUCCACUAUAGGCAUGAAUGUGAUCCAUGCAUGUUUAAAAGUUUUUUUUUU